AUGUCUUCGAGAUUGGUGUUAGUGCUUGGUGACCUGUUCAUACCCGAUCGCGCUAUUGACAUCCCCCAAAAGUUCAAGAAGCUCCUCACGCCCGGCAAGAUUGGCCAAAUCCUAUGUCUUGGCAACUUGACCUCGCCUUCCGUAUACCACUUCCUACGAUCGCUGGCGCCUGAUCUCCAGCUCGUCAAAGGCGACUUCGACAUCCCGCUCACGACCACUGCACCUUCGCCAGAUCCGUCACAGCCUCGAUCAUCCGCCGAUGCGUCCUUUCCAAUACCUACUGCGCUGUCGAAGAUCGUCACACAUGGCUCACUGCGAAUCGGCUUCACCCAUGCCGACAACAUAAUACCGCCAGGAGAUCCAGAUGCAUUGCUCAUCGCAGCACGGCAGAUGGAUGUGGACGUCCUCUGCUGGGGUGGAACGUGCAAAUUCGAGGCAUACGAGAUGGAGGGCAAGUUCUUCGUGAACCCAGGAUCAGCGACAGGAGCUGUGAGCUGGAACGAUGAGACAUUGGGAGAUGAGGAAGAAGACGGAAAUACCCCUAGCUUCGUGUUGAUGGAUGUACAAGGAGACGUGUUGGUGCUUUACGUCUAUCAGCUCAAGAAGAAUGCGGAAGGCAACGAGAGCGUAGGCGUGGAGAAAGUGUCUUUUCGCAAAUACCCGUAG